AUGGAUAGUUCUGUUCUUUCAACAGAAUCUAUCUUUGAAAGUAGCAAUUUGAGUGAAAACCAGUGUGAGAGUAAUAGUUUGAUGGCGGGACAACAGGAAUGUGAAGAUUCGAUACAGAACAUGUCUGAAUUGACCGACAAUGCAAGGCGUAUGAAGAGGAACCGAAAUGAGGGAAUAUUACAAAGUGAUGAGGAGAGUGCGGAAGAUUUUAUAGUUGUACGAAGGAAAGCAAAGCGAGUAGCACGAAUACCCAAUAAUAAUGAUAUGCUAGAAGAAGUAUUGUCUAGCCAAGAAAGUAUAGUAGGUGAAACAUGUAUAACACAUCAUGAAAGAGGAGUAGAUCUAUUUGUAAAUGAAGAAAAUAAAACCUAUGACACUCUGGAAGAGAAUGCUUUUCAAUCAAAUGAAAAUACUACACAAUAUAGAAAGAAGAAGAAAAACAACAAAAAUAAGAAAACACAAAAACAACAAAAUGUAGUAAAUCAUAUCGAAGAAAGUGAAAAUCAAGAAAUAGAAAAGAAAAGCGAGGAUAGGAAUAAAAGUAGGAGUGAAACAAAAAAUAAUAAUAAUUUUGUAACCCUAAUAACAAAACUUAAAGAUAUUGUAUUAUCUGGUAGUGAUCAUUUAAUCAUUAAGUUCUCCUUGGAAUUUCAAAGUAAUGUAACGUUUACUAAAUGUCGAAAUUACAAAUUUGCAAAUUGGCAAGAAUAUCAAAAUUUAUUGAAAAAUAGUCUUGGUUACCCCACUGAAUAUAACAACGUUCAAGAAAUGUAUGAUUAUUUUAUAGACGAAAUAAACAAAGCCGGAGAUCAAAGUAUACCUUUUAAAAAAAUAUGUACUAAUCCUAGUCAGGUAUUUCAACCAAAAACAUAUUGGGAUUCUUCAUUGUCUCGAGCUAUAGCAGAACGACGUUUGGCUUUAAAAAAAUUUCGACGUAAUCCUAUCCCUAACAAUUUUGAUAAACUUACAUCAAAAAUAGCAGAUGCUCAACGAUUAACUCGACGUGCUAGAACUAAUGAUUGGCAAGGUUUUUGUACACAAAUCGAUGAAGUUACGGACAUUCCUACUAUGUGGAACAAAAUGUGUUGGAUGAAAGGAGUAAAACCGAAGUAUUCUCAAAUAACUGAAAGUAUGAAAAAAGACCUUUUACAUUCUCUGACUCCAGAUUAUGCAGAAUACCCGCAACCCACACUUCAUUCGGACAAUGAAGCAUUGCAGCAGGAUUUUUCAUUAGAAGAAUUACAAAAUUGUCUCAAGAAAAAGGAUACUGCUCCAGGGGAUGAUAAUAUUACUUACAGUAUGAUAUACAACUUACCCAAUGAAGGUUCAUUACAUGUAAGGACUGAAGACAAUAGAAGUAAUAAAAAUCGUUUUAUGACUACAAAUAGGGAAAGACCUAGGGUAGGACAUAAAUUUAAUGAUAAAUUUAAAUUAUUCUCACGAAAACGAACCCGUGAUCUAGUUAAUCAAACCGAUGAGCCACCUAAAAAGAAGUUCAUAAAAAGAUGUGUAUUCUGUAAACAAGAUCAUUUUAAUGACGAGUGUACUAAUUUUAAAACUGUACAAGAUAGAAAAUCAUAUUUAGGCAAUCGUUGUUAUAAUUGCUUUGGUGGAGGACAUAAAUCUAAGAAUUGCUUUUCUAAACGAAAGUGUAGGCAUUGUAAUAAAUUUGGGCUCCAUAAUCGUGCUUUAUGUCCCAAUAGAUCAGCCCCGCUAAUGAAAUCAUCGCAAACUGAUAGUCUGCAUAUUAGUUCUGCAGUAACAACCACUUUACUUCAGACUUGCCUUGUUAAUGUUAGUGAUUUGAGUGACAAGCCUAAAGAGAAAACUUGUAGAUUAUUACUUGAUUCUGGUAGCCAACGUUCAUAUAUAACAUCAUCAAUUGCAAAUCAUUUAAACCUGCCCACUAUAGAAAAUGUAGAUUUGUCUAUUUUUACAUUUGGUACGAAAUCUCCACAAUAUAUAAAAAGUCGUGUAGUUAAUUUUAUAAUUAAGACGCGAAUCGGUGUAAAGCGAUCUAUAUACGCGAAUGUAGUACCUCAUAUUACUAAUUCCGUACAAGCGCCAGUAUUUAAUAAUUCAGUGAAAUUAUUACAAGACAGUAGAUUAAACAAACUCAUUUUAGCAGAUGAUGGUUCUUAUGGAGAUAAAAUAGACAUUUUAAUAGGUAAUGAUUAUUAUCAUACAUUUAUAUCGAAUGAAAAGUUAUGUAUUUCUGAUAAUCUUUUCAUGGUAAGUUCAGAUUUUGAGUGGGUAUGGUCAGGUAGAGUAAACGAAACAAAUACGGUAGAUCAAUUAUCAGUUUUAACUUAUUUUCAAUCAGCAGGAAUUUAUGAUAGUAAAUUACAUAAACCGGAUCUUCCAUUAAAGACAGACGAUGUUAAAAGGUUAUGGGAUCUAGAAUCGAUAGGAAUAGUAGAUUCUCCAAAAUGUUCUCGUGAUGAGGAAGCGAUUAAACAAUUUAAUAAAACUAUUCAGUACAAAGGCAAUAGAUAUUACGUUAAAUGGCCUUGGGCCGAAUAUCCUCCUAAUUUACCUAAUAAUCUAGGCUUAGCUUAUGGUCGUCUAAGUAAUUUAUUGAAACGUUUAGAUAAUUUAACUAUAAAGUCAUAUGAUAAAGUCAUUCAGAACAAUUACAGAAUGGUG